UAUAGAGAUAAUAUACACGGUGGCAAGAAACACGGUGGCCGAAGAGUCUGAGAACCUGAGCCCGUCACUAAUUUGCUGGAAUUUUUGUAAGAGUUUUAUAUUUUGUAACAGAUCAAGACAAGCUUGCUCAGGUAAAAAGCACGGGAAAUCCCCAGCUGAUAUCUGGGUUGAAUGAGUAAUCUGUUUCUUUUCAUAUUUUUUCGGAAAAUGGAACAUGCCUUUGAUAGUACUAUCGCUCAUUCUCUGAAGGGUGUCAUACGCAUGCCAAGACUAACACGGUCAUGUUAGUUACUACUACGAUGGUCACUCAAAGGUAAUUUCAAUCUUUAUUUGCACCUGUAGAACAAAAAAGGGGCUCAAAGUUGUGUUCCCAAGCCACGCUCUCUGAGAUACACGUUACUGGCCCUGGCAAGAUGGCGGCGCCCGAGAAGUUACCGUUUCCGGAGAAAGCAAGCCACAAAAAGUACAGGGCCGCCCUGAAGAAGGAGAAACGAAAGAAACGGCGGCAGGAACUCGCUCGACGGAGAGACUCGGGACUCUCCCAGAAGGAGGAGGAGGCUGCUUUUAUUGAAGAACAACACCCAGAAGAAGAGAUGUCGGAGACCGAGAGGCAAAAAUUACACGAGGCGUGGCUGCUUCGGGAGCAGAAGGCACAAGAAGAAUUCCGAAUCAAGAAGGAAAAGGAAGAGGCGGCUAGAAAACGGCAGGAAGAACAGAGAAAGUUGAAGGAAGAGUGGGAAGAGCAGCAGAGAAAGGACAGAGGAGAGGAGGAGCAGCAGAAGCUCCAGGAGAAGAGAGAAAGGGAGGAAGCUGCGCAGAAGACGCUGGAGCAGGCUGAAAGCGAGUUGGGAAAUGGUGCCACAUGGCAGAACCCAGAACCACCCAUGGCCUUAAGGAUAAUGGAAAAAGAUCGAGCGAACUGUCCGUUCUACGGUAAAACAGGAGCGUGCAGAUUUGGAGACAGGUGUUUGCGUAAACACAAUUUCCCGUCGUCGAGUCCCACGCUUCUGAUUAAAAGCAUGUUUACGACAUUUGGAAUGGAGCAGUGCAGACGGGAUGACUAUGACCCCGAUGCGAACCUCGAGUACAGUGAAGAGGAAACCUACCAGCAAUUCCUGGACUUCUAUGAUGACGUGCUGCCCGAGUUCAGGAGCGUGGGGAAAGUGAUCCAGUUCAAGGUCAGCUGCAACUUCGAACCUCACCUGAGGGGCAACGUGUACGUUCAGUAUCAAUCGGAAGAAGAAUGCCAAGCCGCCCUUUCUCUGUUUAACGGACGAUGGUACGCAGGACGGCAGCUUCGGUGCGAAUUCUGCCCCGUGACCCGAUGGAAAAUGGCAAUUUGUGGCUUAUUUGAAAUACAACAAUGUCCAAGAGGAAAACACUGCAACUUUCUUCAUGUGUUCCGUAAUCCCAACAAUGAGUUUUGGGAAGCUAAUAGAGACAUCUUCCUGUCUCCAGAUCGGACUGGCUCCUCCUUUGGCAAUGGCUCGGACAGGAGAGAGAGGACGGGCCACCAGGACGAAUACUACUGGAGGCCCGGGAGGCGGAGAAGCCCUAGUCCACCGCAUUCCUACGAGAGAAGCAGGGAAGCUGAGAGGAAAAGGAAAAGCAGUCACCGGGGGAAGAAGUCUCACAAACACACGUCAAAGAGUCGCGAGAGGCACAGUUCACGCAGUAGAGGAAGAAAAAGGGACCGCAGCCGGAUCCGCGGCAGCCGCAGCCAGAGUUCCUUCGGGUCCAGGAGUCCUGGCGGGAAGAGGUCAGGCAGCAGAGACAGAAGUACUCAGAGUCCCAAAUCCAAUUUUGUUCUUUAAAAAAAAAAAAAGAAAUACACCUUACACGUCUUGUAAUUUCUCUGAGGGAUCUUACUUCUUUGUUAAAGAAAUAAAUGUAGCCUUUGUAGCUAAGGACUCACCUUC